AUGUCAUCUUCAAUUGAAAUCUUAGAUAAACCAACGUCAUUGAACCAAAAGAUCACAUUCUUAUCAACCAAAAACAUAAACACUCUAUACAAACCACUUAUCGUAACCAGCUUUUUCCUCUUUCUAUUCUACACGCUACUAUCAAAUCGUCGUUUCGAUCAAUCACCACAAUACCUAGCUAAACUAAGACAAACCCUUUACCCAACUCAACCUUUAAACAACAAAUAUCAAAACCCUACAAACAUAAAUCACCUUGAAAUAGGCAUAGCAAGUUCAAUCAACUCUUGGAAGUAUAGAAAACCCUACAUAGAAUCAUGGUGGAAACCUAACAUAACAAAAGGGUAUGUCUUCCUAGACCGCGAACCUUCAAAUUAUCUUCCAUGGCCUAGCUCUUCUCCUCCUUAUCGAGUCUCCGAAAACACAAUCCGCUACGAACCCUACAACAAACAUCCAAUGAAGAGCGCAAUUCGAAUGGUUAGAGUCAUUGUAGAAACUUUUAAAGAAGCUCACGAUCAAACUAUUAGAUGGUAUGUCAUGGUAGAUGAUGACACCAUACUUUUCAUAGAUAAUUUGGUACAUAUUCUACAAAAAUAUGACCAUACAAAAUAUUUUUACAUAGGAGAAAAUUCAGAAUGUGUUUUAUCAAAUUAUGAUAAUUCAUUUGAAAUGGCAUUUGGUGGUGCCGGUUAUGCUAUAAGUUACCCUCUUGCUGAAGCCUUAACAAAGAAUUUGGAUACAUGUAUUAAGAGAUACCCUUAUGUUUAUGGGAGUGAUCAUCUUUUACAGUCAUGUAUAUCUGAUUUGGGGGUCCCACUAACACAUGAAAAGGGGUUUCAUCAGAUUGAUCUGCACAAUGACUUAUCAGGGUACUUAUCAUCACACCCACAAACAGAAAUUUUAUCACUUCAUCAUUUAGACAGUGUUGAUCCAUUAUUCCCAAACAUGAACAGAAGUGAAUCCCUUAACCAUUUAAUGAAAGCUGCAAAUACAGAUCAAUCAAGGCUAUUACAACAAACCAUUUGUUAUGAUAAGAGCAAUAAUUGGUCGUAUUCUGUUGCAUGGGGUUAUACAGUUGAUUUGUACGAGCAGAUUAUACAGCCGAGUGUGUUGGAAAAGCCUCUUGAGACGUUUUUAGCGUGGAGGAAACCGGCUAAACAAGCAUUUAUGUUUAAUACUAGAUGGGUUUCUAAGAAUCCUUGUGAGAUGCCUCAUGUUUUUUAUUUACAAUCUGUUGGGAAAUACUCUUAUGGGAUUGUUGCGAAUUAUACACGAAGGUUUGGUAGGGAUUUACCGCCUUGUGUAGCUCCAUCACCAAGUAGGAUUAGUCAUAAUUCAUCUUCAUACGUUCCUAGUUAUAUUCAAAAGAUUAUGGUGAUUUCUCCUGCUACUAAAUAUUUUGCUGAGGUGGGAAAUAGAAGGGAAUGUUGUGAAGUAGUGGGUCAAGUGGAGGAGAACGUAACUACGAUUAAGUAUAGAACUUGCGCCAAAAACGAAAUAAUGGGCGUUUAUUGA